AUGUCCCAAGUUAUCGUCGUUGGAGGCGGUCUCGCCGGUCUCUCAGCUGCACAUACUCUUCUUGAGCGUGGUGCCAAUGUCUUGCUUCUUGACAAACAAGGUUUUAUGGGUGGAAAUUCUACUAAAGCCACCUCUGGUAUCAACGGUGCUGGAACAGACUCCCAGCGCAACCUCAACAUCCCAGAUACCGCCCAGAUCUUCUUCGAGGACACCAAGAAAUCUGCUCGGGACCUCGCCCGUGACGAUUUGAUUCGCGUGCUAACUGGUCGCUCUGGUGACGCAGUCAACUGGCUUCAAGACAAAUUCAAUCUCGACCUUUCGAAAGUGUCGCGUCUCGGUGGCCACAGCCAGCCUCGUACUCAUCGUGGUGAUGCCCAGUUCCCCGGAAUGGUCAUGACUUAUGCCCAAUUGGAACGUCUCGAAGAUUUAUCCGUCAGCAUCCCUGAGCGCGUCAGGAUCAUCAAGAAAGCCCGCGUUACGAAGCUCGUUAAGGAUGAUAAUGGUGCCGUUUCUGGUGUUGAGUACACUCACGGUGGAAAGACCGAGAUUGCCUACGGCCCCGUCAUCCUCGCAACUGGUGGUUACGCCGCCGACUUUACUGAGGAUUCUCUUCUCAAGAAGUACCGCCCCGAAUACUGGGAUCUUCCGACUACCAACGGCGAGCAUUGUACUGGCGACGGGCAGAAGCUUGCUAUCGCUGCUGGUGCCAGUGCCGUCGAUCUUGAGAAAGUUCAGGUUCAUCCCACUGGCUUGGUCGACCCCAAAGAGCCCGACGCCAAGGUGAAGUUUUUGGCAGCGGAGGCACUGAGAGGCGUUGGUGGUCUCCUGCUGGACAACACAGGCAAAAGAUUCGUCGACGAGCUGCAACAUCGUGACUAUGUUACUGGGAAGAUAUGGGAAAACAAGAAGUACCCCAUUCGUCUUGUUCUCAACGGAAAUGCUUCUAAAGAAAUUGAAUGGCAUUGCAAGCACUAUGUCGGUCGUGGAUUAAUGAAGCGGUUUGAGAGUGGUGAUGCCCUCGCCAAGGAGUUCGGGCUCCCCGCCGAUGUCCUCAGAAAGACCUUCGACGACUACAACCAAAGUGUUCGCACAAAGAAAGAUCCUUUCGGCAAGAAGUUUUUCCAAGGUGAAUGGAAAUUCGAUGACUUCUUUAAUGUCGCCAUCAUGACGCCUGUGCUUCACUACACAAUGGGUGGUCUGGAGAUCGACCAAGAGUCGCGCGUCCUCGACAAAUCGGGCAAACCGAUUCCUGGCCUUUUUGCUGCCGGUGAAGUAGCUGGUGGUGUGCACGGUGCUAAUCGCCUUGGUGGUUCAUCGCUUCUUGGUUGCGUCGUCUUUGGCCGGGUCUCCGCUGACUCUGCAGCGGCCUAUCAACUACAAACCACUAGUGCUGCCAUUCAGAAAGCUGGAGGCCGCUUGAGUGCCUUGGCCGGUCAGCUAUCGUCUACUUCAUCACCUUCAUCACCAUCCCCUUCGACCACAUCAGCUGCGCCGGCUGCACCAGCCGCACCUUCCGCUUCUGGUCAGUACACUCUUGCCGAAGUUGCGAAGCACAACAAAAAGGACGAUGUCUGGGUCGUCGUCGACGGGCAAGUCUUGGAUGUCACCAGCUUCCUUCCUGACCACCCUGGAGGUGAGAAGGCUAUUCUGCUGUAUGCCGGCCGCGAUGCCACGGAAGAGUUCAACAUGCUACAUGACCCCAAGGUCAUUCCUCGAUAUGCACCCGACUCCGUCAUCGGAAAAGUGAAGGCAUAGAUAUCUGACCUCGCUGAUGAUUGGUUGUGCUUUCAUGCGCCGUCAUUCAAAAGUAGAGAUGUUGUUUGAACUCUUUGGGCCGUAUUCUAUUACAUAUCCUCAUCCACAUCAUUUAUAUAUAAUAUAAGCAUUACCCGGUGGCUUGAACGGUGUAUGUUGUACUAUCUCUGCAUAUGUUAUGUUGUUUCCAC